UACAGCGUUGGAUUGUGGGGCGUAGAGGAAGUGGAGGUCAGCAGAACAGAAACCCCAAACAUGUCCGUAGCUACUCUUACGUCCUUGAACCGCUGUGGUGUGUUGGCGUUGCGCUCCUCAGCUGGUUUAGAGGCAGUGCGUUAUGCGCAGACAGCAGCUGCUCCAGCAGCACAGCCCCGAAUUAAGAAGUUCCAGGUGUACAGAUGGGACCCAGACACUCCAGGAGACAAGCCUCGCAUGCAGACCUUCGACAUCGACCUGAACACAUGUGGCCCAAUGGUACUUGACGCCCUAAUCAAGAUAAAAAAUGAAAUGGACUCCACGCUGACUUUCCGUCGCUCCUGCAGAGAAGGUAUCUGUGGCUCGUGCGCAAUGAACAUCAACGGUGGAAACACACUGGCCUGCCUCAACAGGAUUGACACUAACCUCAGCAAAGCAACCAAGAUUUACCCCCUGCCACAUAUGUAUGUGGUCAAAGACCUGGUACCUGACAUGAGCAACUUCUACGCUCAGUACAAGUCCAUUGAGCCCUACCUGAAGAAGAAGGAUGAGUCCCAGGAGGGGAAAGAGCAGUACACACAGUCUGUGGAGGAUAGACAGAAACUGGACGGGCUAUACGAGUGUAUCCUUUGCGCCUGCUGCAGCACCUCCUGCCCCAGCUACUGGUGGAAUGGAGACAAAUACCUCGGACCUGCCGUGCUCAUGCAGGCGUAUCGCUGGAUGAUCGACUCGCGGGACGACUUCACAGAGGAGCGUCUGUCCAAGCUGCAAGAUCCCUUCUCUCUCUACCGCUGCCACACCAUCAUGAACUGCACCAAGACGUGCCCCAAGGGCUUGAACCCGGGGAAAGCCAUAGCGGAGAUCAAGAAGAUGAUGGCCACCUAUAAAGAGAAGAAAGCAGCUGCGGUUUGAGCACCCAAGUGUCCCUCUGUACCCUGUAUCAUAAAAUUAUAUGUAAUUGAUUCUCAAACAUGCUUCUUGAUUGACCUAGGGUGGACUGAUACAUGUGUCUCACACAUGAGCACAAAACGAGCGCUUAUGUGUGAGUGCGAGUGUCUUGUCUUAAUUGCACGUGUACAGAAUGAAAGGGUGUUCCUGCGUGUACCAUAACAGGUGUUUCUGACAUUCAACUCCAUUGUGUUUGUGCAUUUGGGAGACAACACUUCUCUUGUUUUUGUUCCAACAUUGACUUUGCAGCUAGUUGGGACAAAGUGUGUGAAUGUUCUUUCAGAUCUUACAACACUCCCCCUUCGCGAGAAUAAAUCUUCGAAAUAGCAUGCA